UUGUGUGUGUGUGAAUGAGGCUGUAUAUGUAAGUGAGUGUUUAGAUAUGGUGACUUAGACGAGUAGAAAGGCUGGUCGUCAACUCAGACGGACACAAAAGAUGGCCAAAAACGUAACUCUCCUGUUGAUUACUGCUAUAGUCUUGACAUUGUUAGCCUCCGGUCAAUGCCUACAUGUAACAAGCUGUAGUAAGGACCCAUCCACUGAUGUCAUCAUAAUCAAAUCAUUGAACGCUGUGCCGACACCCAUCAAAAUACCGGGAGAACUGUCCUUGUCUAUCUCAGCUGAAGUCAACCAGCCAAUCACCGGUGAACUCCGAGUUGACGUCACACUUAGCAGAAAUGUGGGUGGCAUGUGGAUAGACGUGCCUUGUAUGUCAACACCUCAUGGUGAUUUGGGAUCGUGUACUUACAGAGAUUUCUGCCACCUCCUGAAAAAUAUUAAUGGAACCUGCCCAAAGAUCUUAGUAGAUAAUGGCAUACCAUGCAGUUGUCCAAUAGCCUCAGCUACAUAUACAAUACCACAAGUUACGAUUCCUUUAGACAUAAAAAAUUUUGGAUUACGUACUGUAAUUGGUGGUGAGUACCAGGCCAGCAUACGUGUGACUGACACAUCAACACUGACAGAGAUUGUAUGCUUUGAUGUUGAGGCUGAGAUCUCUGAACCAAGCACAAGGAAUUUAGUUCGCAGCAUUGGCCAAUUUUUCGUCAAUCUUUUUGGGCGUUAAAGUCAUUCUUUUAAUUGAAAGAUUUAAAGAUAAAACAAUGUCAUAAAAAAAAUAAUAUAGAAAAAUAUUACUAAGA